GUGUGAGUAGGUAGCGCAGAACUCGGAGUGACGAGGCAAGACGAAGGUGGAACAGAUGUGUCCUCUCGUAGACAAAUAGUGUUUUUUUAGCUACUUUUAUAUGUGAUCCUGUAAACAAACAAUAUAUAAAAAUGACUUGUUCUGCAGUUACUUUAUCCAUCGCUACCAUUGCUGCAGUUGUUGCUGUGUCCUGUUUAGCUAUAGCGUUUGGUACAGAUAAUUGGUACGAAAUUCGUGUAAAUAGAAACAGAACGAAAGAAAGAAUUGGAGAUAAUAAGGAAUAUUUAGAAGAUUUCGAAACUGAUCCCAUCUAUUUUGACCGUGAUGAGGGUCUUUUUAGAGUGUGUUUCCCCAAUGGAAAACCUAAGAGAGUUCCCACCUAUAUGUCACCUGUCCAAACAGAAUGCAUCAAUGUAAACUAUCACAUACCCGAAGGACAAGAAACGAAGGAUUUCGACCAGAACCAAUGGACUCGUUUACAUAUGUCAAGAUCUACCGUAGGUUUAUUUAUAGUGGGAUUCUUUUUUAUUUUUCUUUCCUUUUUUACUGGAGUCACUGGUUGUUGGAAAAGAUCGCAUGCAACUAUAGUAGCAACAGGCCUCUUACAAUUAAUGGCAGCUUUAGUAACUGCUGGAGCAAUGGGCUUAUGGCAUGGAGUACAACACUACGAAUACGUGAAAAGAAACGAUCGUGAUUCGUUCUCACGAUGGCCAGAAUUCCUGAAAAGUCGAAGCGUUACAGAAUUUUAUUACGGUUGGUCGUACAUACUUGCAUGGAUAGGUGUAGGAAUGACUCUGAUGACUUCGAUUUUAUUUUUAUCUGCUGCUAGAUGUUUACGACACGAGAAAGACGAAGAACAAGCUAAAAACAUGCAAUACUUGAUGCCUGUAUACCCCGAUAAACGUCAACCAUACGGUUACGGAUAUGGAUAUCCUGGACCUUAUUAUUAUCACGGAUCACAAUAUGGUCCAUAUUCUUAUUGAAAGAUGAAUUACGGAUCUUAAUACGAAAUAUAUAUGAAUCUCAUAAGCAAAAUAGAAUAUAAAAAUUGCACUUCGUAUAAAUAAAAAAUAUUUUUUAAAGUACAAAAUGCAAUUUUUUCAUAUCAUUUUUUCUUUAAAUUAAACAAAACAAGAGGAUGUUUAUGUAAAUUAAAUUCAUAAUAGUUUACAAUUGAGAUGUAUAUAAAUUAUAGUAACUGUAUAAGUACUAACAUUUAAGUGUAUUUAUUUUAUUGUAUGCAAGACUAUUAUGAAUUUUCUCAUGUUUUUAAAUUGUAGACCUCCCCAUUUAAUAACGUAAAUCAAUAUAUAAAAAUAUA